UAUAAUGCUUUGAACCGCCUAUAAAACCCCCCAUGCUCUUCUCCAUGUAAUCUCUUCUGUCCUCUUUAGACCACAACUACAGUCUCUUAGCUACACAAAAAACAAGAAAACAUAGGAAUCAUUAAAGUAUGUUGUUCAUAAGGUUUGAAGGCUUCAUACUUGCUCUUCUCAUUGUUUCAUUUGCCCUCCAAAAUCUUUCUGUACAUGCUGAUCAUCAUCAAGUUGUCUUUUUGGUUGAAAGGAGAUUAAUGGGAGGAAAUUCAAUCAAAGAAGCUCAAGAAAAGGAUGCAUCUGCCAAGAAGGAACCCAUCCACGUCGCUGGAAUUUCAAGGAUUGCUGGCGUAUCAAGCAAAGAGAAAGUCGGAGGAAGGAAAAUGGGAAUGAAUUUGAAGAAACGAGAUGCAGAAAUGGAUUCAAGAUCAAGCACAGGUGAUGCCCAGAAGUUGAAUGUGGAAGCAGAUAAGAACGCUUCAAAGGAAGGACCACAAGAUUUCUUGGAUAACCAAGGACAAAAAUGUACCUUGGAGACGAUGGCAAUAAACCCUAAAAGAAGCUUGCAAAAACAAGUCUCGAGUUUGAACACAAAUCAUAUCAUUUCUAAUGAAGAUCAGAGUGACGAAUGGAGAAAACUACUUGAAGAAGCUGAUCAAAAAGUUAUGCAGAUGAUGAGAAGGGACUACAGUGGUAUGAGGAGGCCUCGUCGAAAGCCUCCUAUCAACAAUCAGGAGCCUAGAAACUGACUUAACCAACUGGUGGUUUUGUUUAAUAUUUAGGCCUAUGAUUUCCAACUAUAAAACGAAAAAUAAGUAUUAAGAAGUUAGGUUUAGGCUCACAAUUUUGAUCCCUCCAUAGAAGUGAAGUCCGGCCCCUAACAUAUAUAUACUUAGAUAGGAUUAACAACUAGCAAAACCCAAGAACGGUAUUAUUUUUCUUUCUGGGUGUUUGUAUUUUUUUGUUUAAUUUUCAUAAUAGAAGGGUCAUGAAAUGUUUUGCUGAUGUUUUGUAGAUUAUGUAUGCUUUGUUUUAAACAUUAAA